UGGACUUCCCAAUCAUUGGACCAAUUGGGUACCUGAAAGCCAUCACUGCUUCCUCUUGCUCUGAUUGGAAGGCACGACCCGUCGCUCACCUUGGAUGAGAGCGAGCACAAACUGCCAAGAUGAAGCAUUACGAGGUGGAGAUUCUGGAUGCCAAGACCAAGGACAAACUCUGCUUCCUGGACAAGGUUGAGCCAAAUGCCACUAUUGGGGAGAUCAAGUCUAUGUUCCACAAAAGCCAUCCUCAAUGGUACGCAGCCAGACAGUCCAUCCGUCUCGACCCAAAGGGUAAGUCUCUAAAGGAUGAGGAUGUUCUGCAGCAUCUUCCUGUGGGAACCACGGCAACCUUCUACUUCCGAGACCUGGGAGCUCAAAUCAGCUGGGUGACCGUGUUUCUGACAGAGUAUGGUGGUCCUCUUCUCCUCUACCUAAUGUUCUACUUCCGUGUUCCCUUCAUCUACGCCCCCAAAUAUGACUUCACCACCAGCAAGCACUGGGUCGUACAUCUAGCCUGUAUGUGUCACUCCUUCCAUUACCUGAAGAGACUCCUGGAGACCCUGUUUGUCCAUCGCUUCUCCCACGGGACCAUGCCGUUACGCAACAUCUUCAAGAACUGCACCUACUACUGGGGCUUUGCUGCCUGGAUGGCCUACUAUAUUAACCACCCUCUAUAUACACCACCUACGGGAUGA